AUGGGAGGUGGGCAGCACACCACACUUGACGAGCUGUAUAUGUGUGUGUGUGUAUGGAUCCCAGGGUCCCAAUCAGCCCGUUUGUUGAGUGCUUCCACUGGCGAUGAUGAUGCAUCGCGGUGUGUGGUGUGCAUCCAUGAGUACGACACACACACGGGUGCCGCACACACGCCCCUCGUACUCGGCCAAUGCGGUACGUACGGGGGCAAGGAUGGUUGGCCGAGACACACACAUAGUUUUGCGUAUUCCAUCGCAUCCAUGUGUGUGUCUUGUGUUGUGUUGGUGUGUGAAGGUCACACCUUCUGUGCCCACGUGAGCCGGCAGACAGACAGACAGACAGACAGACAGACUGCAGCGAGAAUGUCUUUGUUCUUCAUGACGUGUUGGUUUGUUUCAUUCAGUGUGUAGCGCGCAUAAAAGGACUCGACGGCAGCGUCAAGUGUCCCACGUGCAGGUGAGUGGGCAUGUGUGAAGGUCAUGAGCAAUCCUGACCCAUUCAUCUCUCCCUCUCUCUCUCCCUCUCUCUGUUUCUCAGGGCUGUAAGUCGGGAGGAUGUCAUCAAGAAGAACAACGCACUCGUCACCCUCCUCGAGUACAUGCGGCCAUCUGACGGCACCGCUGGACGGCAGCAGCAGGCCGGUAAUGCGACCACCACCACCACCACCGCAGCAGCAGCAGCAGCAGGGCACGUCAGCAGCAGGGUCGCCACCACACCACAUGGAGCACGGCAGACCAGCAGGUAAGGCUCGCCAGAGAGCAGAGGAGCACUGAACACAGUUGAUCUCGCCAUCUGUCCUUUUUGUUCGUACAGCAAUGGCGCCACACUCCGUCAGCGGCAGGAGGGCUCCUCACUGUCACAGCAGCAGCCGGCCAACAGCAGCAGUGUCGGCCGUCGGACGGGCACAUCGCGGUAUGGCUACCGAUAUGAGGUGGUGCAGGAGGGCACCGGCAGAGUGCCCACACUUUUCGACACCGUCAAGAUCGACCGGAUUGCGUGGGAUGAUGGAUUCGACGGCCAGCGCAAAGCAUGCGAUGUCCAUGGGGAGGUGAUUCGGGUGUCUGGUCGGGGUGAGUGGAAGCGUGAGGCGUUGCUGGCGAUGCGUGAGGGCGAGAUUAGGCGAAUCACAGCGCCACCCAGAUAUCCUGCCCGCUUCCGUCAGCUGCGGUUGAUCAGCAUAGAGUAG